AAGCAAUGCCGCGAUGACGUCACACCUAAAGCCAACAGCACAAAAGUGAUAUUUUCCUGAUUUGUUAUCACCAUGGAUGGGACUGGAGAUGCUUCUACUAAAUCACUGGAUACAGCUGGAAUGAGUUCAAAUGAACAGGAGGUGAUAGGCAUGCUUCUAGCGCAGUCUAACUCAGAUAUGCAUAACCCUACUGAAUCUGAAGGACAGCAUGUGGCCGUUUCCAUAGCUACUGGUUUGUCAAAUACAGAUGGUAAACUACAGGUUGUUGAAAGUCAGAGCUUACAAGCAGUGACAUUGCCUGAUGGUACAACAGCUUAUAUUCAACAUAAAGAUGGCAGUCUUGUAGAAGGACAGGCUGUUCAGUUAGAAGAUGGUAGUACAGCUUACAUUCAACAUAUCACAGAGAAAGAUGGCGAUACAGGUUUUGAAGAAGGACAGACGGUUCAACUAGAAGAUGGCACUACUGCUUAUAUACAAAGGGCUACACGAGCUGAUGGUCAGACAAUCCAGGCUGUACAGUUAGAAGAUGGUACAACUGCUUACAUCCAGACCCAUUCUGCGGGAGAAGGAUUUGAACAUUCACAACAAGAUGGUACCAAUGUUGAGAAUACUGAUGAUUCAGUUGACCCUAAUUCUAUCAAUGCAUUAGAGCAAUAUGCUGCACAUGCUACCAGUGAGCAUGGUACAGAUCAAAGUGGGCUGGCACUACUUGCUAAUUUAGAUGAGAAAAAGACAAUGGUUCCUCCUCUUGCAGUAAAAACAACUGUGAUGGGUGGUCUUUCUGCAGGUAAUCUGGGUAAAGUUGCAACAUAUGACAUGACUAGUAAAGCAUUUAGAUGUGGGCAUGAUGGUUGCGGUAGAAUGUACACAACAGCACACCAUCUCAAGGUUCACGAAAGAGCUCAUACAGGUGACCGACCAUAUAAAUGUGAACAUCCAGGCUGUGGGAAAGCCUUUGCCACCGGCUAUGGACUGAAGAGUCAUACUAGAGUACAUACUGGUGAAAAACCAUACAAAUGCCCCGAAGAAAGUUGUCAGAAAUCAUUUAAAACUUCAGGAGAUUUGCAGAAGCAUGUUAGAACUCACACAGGUGAGAGACCUUUUAAAUGUCCAUUUGAAGGAUGUGAUAGAGCCUUUACUACGUCAAAUAUACGAAAAGUACACAUUAGAACACACACUGGUGAGCGACCAUAUAUAUGUCGGGAAGAUGGUUGUGGUAGAGCAUUUGCCAGCGCUACUAACUAUAAAAAUCACAUGAGGAUACAUACAGGUGAGAAGCCAUACGUCUGCACUGUUGCCGGAUGCGGCAAACGUUUCACCGAGUACUCUAGUUUAUACAAGCAUCAUGUUGUACAUACGCAUUCCAAGCCUUACAUAUGUAACCACUGUGGUAAGACGUACAGACAGACAUCAACACUAGCUAUGCACAAACGAACUGCUCACGGCGACUCGGAUGCAACCGAGGAAACGGAAGCACAUUUGUUUGCACAGCAGCAAGCUGCAGUGGCCGGAGAAGCAGUUGUUGCAGCCGCAGCUGCAGCAGCCGCAGCUGCUGUGGGCAUGCCUCCUAUGAAAAGGCCCCGGAUUCAGUAUCACCUGAAUGCGCAAGGUGAAGUGACACAAACACCGACAACUAUAACAGAAUCAGGUUCAGAUGGCACUGAAACGCAAGAUGUGAUUACACCUGUACCGGUCGCUUUAGUAUCUACUAUGUCACAGGAUGGUGUAGUCACAACUACAGAUACAGAAGCAGCCAUAGCUGCGAUGCAGGCAGCUGUAGACAAUGAUCCAACACAAAUCACUACCAUACAGAUCACAGAUCACCAACAGUUGGAAGAGGCUGUGAAUGCAGAAUUACAACGGACGGAUGGAACUGUGCAAUCAGAGGGGGUUCAGAUGACGGAAGAAAAUCAAAAUACUACUGAAGCCAUGAUAUCUGCUUACAAUGCAUAAAAUGUUGUUGUAUAUAUAUAUUUUUUUUUACGACAAUGAAAUGUUUAAAAGGUUGCUACCGUUUAUUCGGUGUUUAUUUUCAUUUACUGAUUUCGGUUUCAUGCUAGUACACCUGCAAUAGAAUGUAAAUAAAUUUGUUGGUAGAGUAUGGGUCAUUCAAAGGUGUAGAAUAUGGUAAUUAUUAAAUUAUAACUUUGUCUUUCUUUGAAUACUAUGCUCUAGCAUGUUGUUAGACCGGG